CUUAACGAAUGCACAAGGGAGAGUGAGUGACAGCGAGAUCUGAGUGUGAAGAUUUGGAGGGGAAAAGAAGGAGUGCACUGCACGCGCUCACCCUGUCACUGCUGCCCACCUCAGUCGCCGGCGAAAGGAUCAAUACCACCACCGCCACUGCCGCCGCACGCUGCACCGCCGGACCGCCACCGCCCCUGCAAACAGAGAAACACAGGGACCCAUUUUUACGUUUUGCCUCAGGGCCCCCAAAUUUCAAGUCCGGCACUGGCAUUAUGUAAAAGGCUUGAUAUGGCAACUCUUAGAAAUCUGAAAAUCAAGACAUCUACUUGCAAACGUAUUGUUAAGGAGCUACAUUCUUACGAGAAAGAGGUUGAGAGAGAAGCGGCCAAGACUGCUGACAUGAAGGAGAAAGGAGCAGACCCUUAUGACCUCAAGCAGCAGGAAAACGUGCUGGCUGAAUCUAGGAUGAUGAUUCCAGAUUGUCACAAACGCUUGGAAGCUGCACUUGCUGAUAUAAAAGGAACCUUGGUUGAAUUGAAGAAGGCAAUCGAGGAAGAUAGCGGCCCUAUUGGCCCAGAAAUUCAGGAAGCCGAGAGUACGAUUGUGGAGGUUGAACAGUUAGUUGAAAAAAUAGAUGUUUAAUCAUAUGUUAUGUUUGUAUCAAAUACUUGCUUCUGUAACAGGUUUUAUAACAGCUUCCGGCAUUUGAAGCCCUCUCACCUGCCUGUUUCCCUAAGAAGAAUUUGUUGAUUGAUAUGAAAUCUACAAGUUUAUCUCCA